GGCUGGGACAGCGUUACGCUCUUUCGCGUUCUUCUUCGCUGGGUUUCUAUGAAUGGACCGGGCUACUCAUGACCAGCUCUCGUCAUUCUUUGGCUCGGAACCGCCACCCUCGGACGGUGCCAACGCCCCCCAAAAUGUCUUCAGCCCGGGCAUGAUCAUGCCUGUGCCCAUGCCUAUGCCUCCUUCGUCUUUCCAGAACACGAAUAUGUUUGGCGGGGACGGGAUGGGGAUGCAGGGGAUGGAGGGCGGGCAGGGCCAUGCAGGGAGCCAGAACCAAAGUCAAAGCGGCCAGAUGAAUUUGGCAGAGCAGUUGCGCUUGAUGAAGCUGCAGCAGUUGCACCAGCUGUCGCAGCAGAUUUUCCAGCAGCAGCUUGAGCUCAUCAAUGGUCAGGGCUCCCUCAACUCUGCAGCGACUUCUUUGGAGCUUUCCAAUAAUCCACAGGCCUAUCAUGGACUUCCAACACCCAUAUCCUCGACGGAGCUACGCCCACAAUCUAACCAAGACUUCGUUUCGCCAAUGGUGCUAUUCCAGCAUUCAGAGUACAACAUCCAGCGGGAGCAGCACCAUCCCCAGGCCAGCACGUCGCACCGUCCUCCAGAAUCCUCUCCUGUAUUCCCUCCUCACCAACACCACCACCAACAGCCUCCGUACAACACCUCAUCCGCCCGCUCUGCCCCGGCCGACCUCGCCUUCACCAUCAUGUCACCACAGGUCCCCCUAUCGUCACCCGGCGACAUGGAGGGCUUCGACAUGUCGCCGCUCGCGAGCCCGUGGUUCCCGGCGCAAGCUGGCCCGCCACAGUCGUACGCCGCCGCCCCAAGCAAGCGGGCGGCGUCGACGAGCGGCGACGAGACGUCGGGGAAGCCGACGCGGAAGCGGCAGUCGCCGCUCGACACCCGACCGACGGCGCCCCUGCCGAGUCGCAGGAUGUCGACGUCGCGCGGGACGAAGAGUGCAAAUUCCACGCCGUUGCUCACGGGGAGCCGGCGGCGCGGAGGGAGUAUCGUGACGGAUAUCCCGGGGGACACGCCGAGUCCUGUGGACUUGUCGAUGCCCCCGCCUGCGCCGCCUCCCCCUGGGCCGAGUACGUCGGCGAAUGCGCCGCCUCCGAAUCUUAUGCCUGCCACCCCUGGUAGCAUUAUGAAAAUCGGCAACAUGGGCUUGGGCAGUGGGUUGGCACCGCCGAGUGCUGGUCAGUCGAAGGCGGAAGGGACCUCGAAGCAAAAAGCGUCUGGGAAGGCAAAAGCUUGUGGCAAGUCUAAAGAUGCGAAGAAUGAUGCAGCCGUGCGCGUCAGCCCUAUUCUCAAGCCUAUACUACCAGCCGGAGGAUCUUCCUCUCUGACCAUGACUCCCGCAACGCCCUCAUCACAGCCCCUCCUCCAGGGCCGCAAAACAUCCCACAAAGCCGCCGAGCAAGCACGCAGGGACCAGAUCAAAGCGGCGUACAACGACCUGCGGAUGCUCCUCCCGCCCAUCCCGAGCGAGGCGGUCAGCCAGGAGCACGUCCUGCCCGGGUCGAUGCCCCCGCGCGGGCCGCCGAAGGGUGAGGGCCCGAACAAGGCCGUGAGCAAGCUUCAGCUAUUGCUGUGCGGUAAUGAUUAUAUCCGGAAGCUGAAGGGGAGGGUGGAGAGGAGGGACGAGGAAAUUGCGAGGUUAAGGGAGGAGGUGCGGAGGCUGAGGGUGGUUGUGGGGGACGCGGAUGAAGGUGGUGAAGAGCUGGAUUUGGAGAGGGAUCUAGAUGCUGCGGAGCCUUCUGCGCUGAGGAUGAGCAGCGUCGGGGAUGGGGAUGAGGCGGAUGAAGAAGAGUAUUAAAAUGAAUUAUAGAAUGUAGAAGAUACCUCUUUCGUCAUUACUUUUGGGCAUGUACGGAUUUUUGAAUUUUUAUAUCAGCGGAAGGCUCUGUUCUCGAGUGAUAGCAUCCUGUCGUCU